UAAAGAAGAAGAAAAAUGAGAAAUCCAAUCUCAGUCUCAGAUCAAACAGCAACAAGAAACAAUAACAGAAGCAGGACUACUCCUUGUUGCAGCAAGGUAGGUCUGAAAAGGGGGCCAUGGACGCCCGAAGAAGACGACUUAUUGUCCACUUACAUCAAGAAAGAAGGAGAAGGCCGAUGGCGGACUCUGCCGAAGCGGGCCGGACUCCUCCGUUGCGGCAAAAGCUGUCGCCUCCGCUGGAUGAACUACCUCCGACCCUCCGUCAAGCGAGGCCAGAUCACCCCCGACGAAGAGGAUCUCAUUCUUCGCCUUCACCGUCUUCUCGGCAAUCGAUGGUCGCUCAUAGCUGGAAGAAUACCAGGGCGUACAGACAAUGAGAUUAAGAACUACUGGAACACUCACCUGAGUAAAAAGUUGAUCAGCCAAGGCAUAGAUCCAAGAACCCACAAGCCUUUAAACCCUAACCACUCACCAAGCCAUCUCAAAGCUUCUUCAUCCUCCAAAAAUCGUGGAUCCGCUACUGGUACAAUCCCUAACCCGAAUAUUAACCAUGCAGCUUCUUCCAGCGGCGGUCAAAUCAUGGCUGCUGGCAAAGAAAAUGAGUAUUUCCAGAAUCAUAAUCAAACUGAUGACGCACAGAUAGUCCAUGGAUUCACCGGUCUGCUUAAUGAUGAAGGUUUUGGAUUAGAAAUGAGAAGCAGCAACCAAAACCAAGGGAUUAUAAGAAGCAGUGAGGAAGAUGAUGAGGAUAUAAACUGCUGCAACGAUGAUGUCUUCUCUUCCUUUCUGAACUCAUUGAUAAACGAAGAUGCUUUCGCCAACCAGAAUCCCAUGCUGCAGCUGACCAAUGGAGUUGCACAAGCCGAUCAUGCAUUGGUUUCAAUCACAGCAUCAAGUUUUGGCCUCGACCAAGACUGUAAUUUCAACCAAAAUGACCCCGAGAGGGUUAAUGAUCGUCAUCUCAACUAGCUCUUCCGAACCCUCCGCUUGCCUUGAACUA